AUGGCCAAGAAGAAGGGGAGGCAUCAGCCGACCCCGCCAAAAUCGGUGAAGGAACUCGCAGAUCGGGUACAUAAGCUAGCCAAACAAAACGAGAACACUCCUAUCAGGUCACUUGUCACGUUACAGGAGGACAGUAGCGAGGGCAGCGACGGGCAGAGAACCACCAUGCCCUCACCGACAAAGGAUGAUACCAUGGCCGACAAGGAAAUGGACCAAACAGCCAUGAUAAAAUACAUCUACCAGAAAAUCAGCCUCAUGGAUGGGCUGAACUCCAGGGUCGCUGGCCUGGAAACCAGCGUGUCUGGGCUUGACAACAGGCUCAAGGUGAUGGAGGAGCGGAUCAGCAGCAGCGCCGCAGCGGGAUUCUCCGGGCGACAUGAGGCUGGCAACGACAGCGCAGCGUUCCACGAAGACAAGGUUUUGGCGAGGGUUCCCAAGAAGCUGGUGGAUGAGGACCGACUGAGCGACGUCCUGCACGACAUGGUUCGGCGGCUGCGAAAUGGGGCACGUUACGCUCUCGAUAUCGUCCCGUGGACAGCGAAGCCUGGGGCGAAUGGCAGUACUGCUGCGGGGGGUGUACGCCCCGCGGCAACGGCCGGUGCAGCCUCGGAUGCGCAGCGUAACCGGGCAGGUACCGAUGAGCCAACCGUCCUAGUCGACAUUCUGCUGAAUCCGCAAGUGCGGAAGUCGUUCGUCACCCUAGGAAAGAUCGCGCGUGAACAGCACGGCAUCAUCCUCAUGGACGCGCUCACAAAGACGGGCAAACAGCUGCGCCAGCAACGCAUGGCAACGUUCAUCCACCUGCGUGACGUCAAGAAGGUGCAGCCGAGGUGGGAACGUGGGAACGUGGGAACGUGGUGUGGACAUCACGGUCAUAGACGGACAACGCAGGGUCCCCUUCGAGGGACCCUGGGUGGACGCGCAACCCAGCGGAGCUGGUGGUUCUGCUGGCAUGGCACCGCGCGGCGACCGCCCCUAGGGGGCCGCGAGCCAAGAGACUCGUAA